AUGGAGAAGAGCGAGAAUGAGAGGACGUCAGGUGGACGAGAGUUCUAUGCAAAUGGAAAUCACAUGAAUGCUGCAGAAGUUGAAGCCAAACUUGACCAAGGAAACGUUGAAGCCGCUGAAUCUGCAUUGAAAGAGGGCUUAUCUAUCACUUCUGAGGAAGCAAGAACUCUUAUAGGGAAGCUAGAGUAUCAAAGAGGGAAUUAUGCAAGUGCUCUUCGUGUGUUUGAUGGGGUUGAUCUCCAAGCUGCCCUUCAGCAAUUACAAUCGUUAGUUUCUGAUAAAUCAGCGGCCAAGAAAGCACGCCCUCGUGCUGAAUCACCUACCUCAAUCCCUAGGCAUGCUGCUAGUUUGAUGCUUGAAUCCAUCUACUUCAAAGCAAAAACCCUACGAAAGCAGGGAAAAAUAACUGAAGCGACCACUGAAUGCAAAAGUGUGCAUGAGGGUAUUGAGAAGGCAUUCAGUCAGGGUGUAUCUGAUAUUCAACUGGACAACACAUUGCAAGAAGUAGUCAGUGGCAUUGUGGGACUUCUUCCAGAGCUUACAAAGCAAGCAGGUAGCUAUCAAGAGGCAUUGUCUGCUUAUAGACGUGCUCUUGAACUUCUGAGUCAAUGGAAUUUUGAUACUGAUGGGAGUGCUAGAGUUCAGAAAGGACUUGCCAAGCUUUUGCUAUAUGGUGGGUUCGAGGCUAGCCCACCCAAGGCAACUGAUCUGGGCGAGGGGUUUUAUGUACCUAAAAACAAUCUGGAAGAGGCAAUUCUGCUUCUAAUGCUUGCUGUGAGGAGACUUUGCAUUGACAAGUCCAAAUGGGAUACUUCAGUGAUGGAGCACCUGACUUUUGCACUUUCUGUAUGUGGCCAAACUUCUGUUCUAGCAAAGCAACUUGAAGAGUUAAUGCCUGGAUUAUAUCAUCGUAUUGAUCGUUGGAAUCUUUUAGCUUUAUGUCUCUAUGGAGCAGGACAAAACCAAAGUGCUUUGGAUCUACUCAGAAAAUCUUUGCACAAACAUGAGAGACCAAAUGACAUUGAAUCAUUGUUAGCAGCUGCCAGGAUCUGCAGUGAGGAUCCUUAUCUUGCUGCAGAGGGAGUGGGGUAUGCACAAAGGGCAAUCAAUAAUGCUAAGGGCAUAAACGAGCAUUUGAAAGGUGUGUGUCUUAGAGUGUUGGGACUUUGUCUGGGAAAGCAAGCUAAGGUUGCUUCCUCGGACUUUCAAAGGUCUAAACUUCAGUCCAAAGCUCUGAAGUCACUAGAAGGGGCAAUGGGAUUUGAGUAUAACAAUUGUGAUCUGAUUUUUGAGUUGGGAGUUCAUUAUGCAGAACACAGAAAUUUGACAACUUCUUUGCGCUAUGCAAAGCAGUUCUUUGAUGAAACAGGAGGAUCUAUAUUGAAAGGUUGGAGAUUGAUUGCUCUGAUUUUGUCUGCUCAGCAACGAUUCCCGGAGGCUGAAGUGGUGAUAAAUGCUGCUUUAGAUGAGACUGCAAGAUGGGAGCAAGGGCCACUGCUUAGACUAAAAGCAAAGCUCAAGAUUCUCCAGUCACAACCAACGGAUGCUAUUGAAACUUAUAGAUACCUCCUUGCAUUGAUUCAGGCUCAAAAGAAUUCAUUUGGGCCUAUGAAAAUAAAUACACAGGUUCAAGACGAUGUGAAGGAAAUUGAUGUUUGGCAUGGUCUGGCAAAUUUAUAUGCAAGCCUUUCUCAUUGGAAGGAUGCUGAAGUUUGUCUGGAAAAGGCCAGAGAAUUGAAGGAGUACUCAGCAGAAACAGUGCACAUUGAAGGUCUUUUGUAUGAUGGACGUGGAGAAAAACAAGAAGCUGUUUCUGCUAUCACGACAGGGAUCCUGUUUGAUCAAUGCUAUGUUCCAAGCAAGAUCCAGAUGGGUAUUUUGCUGCUCAAAGUGGAUUCAAAGUCGAAGUCUUUGCCUUUAGCUAGAAGCUUUCUUUCUGAUGCACUUCGAUUAGAACCCACUAACCGCACGGCUUGGUUUCACUUGGGAAAGGUUCACAAGUAUGAUGGCCGAAUAGGCGAUGCUGCCGACUGCUUCCAGGCAGCUUCCAUGCUUGAAGAAUCUGAUCCUGUUGAAAGUUUCAGCACUUUGCUUUGACUGGAUUUCAAACUAGGAUCAAAAGAAGAGAAAUUGCCCUCAUUUUAAAGAAAUUCAUGUUAAACUUGUCCGCAGGAUGGCUCAUGUCAAG